GCAGCCCGACGUCAUCGCAGGAAGUAGAGAAUCCGCCAUGUUUUAUUGAAGUCUCUGAACCGACGCAAGUGUAUACUAUUGCUCUGAAUUUUCCAAAUUAUACCAAAUCCAGAUAACUUCUAAUUAUCAUGGGAGUCUUCUCUGGUUCCUCAACCUUUACGGGACUUCUAGAACGAGCGACAAGCCAGCUUCAACUUGAGCCGGACUGGGCUACAAUUCUUCAAAUUUGUGAUAGUGUCAGGCAGCAAGAUGUCUCGCCCAAGUUUGCUGUCUCUGCCAUCAAGAAGAAAAUGUUUGAUCGCAAUCCACAUGUCGCAAAAUAUGCGCUUACCGUGUUAGAAGCAUGCAUGAAGAACUGCGGUUCUAUAAUCCACGAUGAAAUUGCAACCAAGGAUUUUAUGGAUGAGAUGAGAAAUCUGAUCAAGAAUGGUGCCGACCCGGUGAAAGAUAAAGUGUUAGGUCUAAUCCAGACGUGGUCACAUGCUUUCCGUAACGAACCAAAAUACAAGAUUGUGCAGGACACCUUCAACCUUAUGAAAAUGGAGGGCUGCAAGUUUCCAGCCUUCAAUGAAAGCGAUGCCAUGUUCUCAGCAGAUUCUGCCCCAGCAUGGGCUGAAGGAGAUGUUUGUCACAUGUGUCGCGUGAAGUUUGGAACCUUUAUCAGACAGCAUCAUUGCCGUAACUGUGGCCAGGUGUUCUGCAAGAAAUGCUCUUCCAAGGAAUCCAUUAUUCCUCAAUUUGGUAUUGAGAAGGAAGUCAGAGUGUGUGACCCCUGUUACUUAAAGAUCAAUCCUAAUAGCAAAACUGCACAGACAAAGCCAGAGCCUUCAACAUCAGGAGGUGCUGAGAAUGAGCUCCCCCCUGAGUACCUGAAUAGUCCCCUUUUUAAAGAAUCACAGGAGCCUCCCAAGAAGAAUGAGCGCGACCUGCAAGAGCAAGAAGAGGAGGAGCUACAACUAGCCAUGGCCCUCUCCUUGUCACAAGACGAAGCACAGAAAGAGGUAAGACCAAGUCCCAAGUCCUCGUUGUAUGGCAGCCCUGAUUCCUACUCUCCCUCUGAGGCACCAAGGCACAAGCCAGCAAGCCAGUUCUACAAUGCUGUCGUGGAAUCAGAUGGUGGUGGCGAUCAGCCUGUGGACCCAGAGCUUGCUAGAUACCUGAAUCGCUCUUACUGGGAGGACCGUAAGGGCAGGACCUCACCCUCAGCACCUGAGGCACAGAUGAACAACAGCAGGGUGCCAUAUUCAUCCCACAUUGAGAAUAAAGUAACUAAAGGCAAAAAGAAAAAGAAGAAAGAUAAUUUCUACAAGUUCACUCCUCAGCCUCAAGCUAUCCAGGAACCCGAGGUGAAUGACCAGGAAACCAAUGGUGACUUGGAAACUGACCAGAGUUCUGAGACGCUGGUCAACAACUUCCGCAGCAGCGUGGAGAUGUUGAUGGAACGAAUGCAGGAUAUAUCUGGAAAAGGGAAGCACGUUGCCAUGGAUGCCACAGUCCAGUCAUUAUUUCAGACCGUCAGUGCGAUGCACCCACAACUCUUACGGUUGGUCGAGCAGCAAGAACAGGAGACUGGGAAAUACGAAGGAAUCCAGGAAAGACUUGGUCUGGUAAAGGAAGCACGUGCUACGCUUGAGGGGGCACGCGAAGCGCACAGAGAGAAGCUCCGGCAGCAGGAGCUGGAGCAGGACAUGCUCCGCCGCAUGCAGAUCGAGCAGAAGCUGGAACUAAUGCGGCAACAGAAAGCAGAGUACCUCGCCUACCAGCAGCGAAUCCAGGCAGAGCGGCAGAUUGCACUGGAGCAGCAGCAGCAACAGCUACGGUAUCAGAUGGUGCCUCCUUAUGGUGCACAGUACCCUGCUCCGCCCCCUGACGGCAGCCCCUAUUCCUCCAUGGUGUAUGCCCCUCCAGCUGGGAUGCAGCCUCCUCAAUCAGGCAGCGGGGCCCCACCUGCUAUGCCGCCACCUGUGGGUGCUCCAGGCGGACAGCCAUCGUAUAGUCAUCCAAUGCCUCAGGGGUAUGCCCCUCAGGGGUACCAGCCGGAGUAUGGAGGGCAGUCCAUGCAGCCUCCGCCGCCAAAGACAGAGGGCGUGCCGUCACAGGAGUAUCCCCCUGGUUAUGGGGUGGAAGGACAGGAAUCACAGCCCCCUCUAUCUGAGUACCAGCAGCAGCCGACUAUAUUCGAGCAGCCUCUUGGUAUUUACUCCUCGCCACAGUCGAUGAACCAAGGCCAACCCUCACAGGGGUACAAUGCCCAGCGUAACUCAGCAACAACACCCUCACCCCAGCAGGCAUACACCUCUCCGCCUAGCUCAGCCCCAGCACCACCGCCCCCGCAGUACAACCAGGCAUCGAUGCAGCAGCUACAGUACGGUGGCCCGCAGCAGUACCAACACCCUCAUGCCAACACCCCAUCACCCACCCCGCACCAGCAAUACCAACAUCCGCAGAACGCCGGCCUGCCUGCGGACAACACCUACAACCCGUCCCCUCAGGGGGACCCCAACCAGGGCGGGCAGCAGCCAGGGUAUGGCGCCCCGCCCACUCAAGGAGGGCCACCCCAAGCACAGCCACCUCCGCAUGCACCACCAGGGCAGGCGCAUUACCAGCAGCUAGGAGCAGCAGCACCCAAUCAGGGUGGCUACCACCCUCAGCAGCAGCCGCCGCCGCCCCAGGGGUAUGAGCCCCAACCGCAGUACCAACCUCAAGGGCCGCCCCAGUACUACGGUGGACCACCGCCUCAGCAACAGCAGCAACGGCAGCCUCAAUCUGGGCCGCCGCCACAGAGGCAAAUGUCCGACUUAGAGCUUAUCUCGUUUGAUUGAUUCCUAAGCCAUUGUCAAAUUCGCUACAUUUUUAAGUUUCCGUCAAUGCAAUAAUGUUUUAUUUAAUCUUCUGAUGUCUCAGGUGUCUCAGAGUCUGAACGCCAAGUUCCUUACUUUGAAAUGUUUGCACGCCAUAGAGCUCUUGUUUGGAAGGCAGAAUUGGGAUGUAUAAUCUAUGAUUAUAUGAUGGAGAUCCUCAAUAAACUUCUUAUCUGCAUGAAUGUAAAUAUAGCUAGUGAAAUAAAGACGCAUAAUGCAAUUGA